UAGGGAGAACACGUCAAUGCAAGGUUGGGGUCAUCUAAGAUAGCACAAGGGUGAAAUCCUAUGAUUGGCUCAUCUCUAACACCCUCUUCACUAGUUACCAAAACUGGAACUAAGAGUUUUAAUUGUAGGAAGUUCUCUGAUGGCAGCCUGAACUUAACUUCAACCCAGCCACAUAAAGGAAUUUGGGUUUUAUUCACUGCUCUGACCUCCAAUGUAUUAGUUCCAAUAAUUUCAGUGAGAAGUGUGGAUAUUUUCCUGUCUCCAGGUCUCACUUAUGAGACACAUUUGCGAUCCAGUGUUCCACAAUGAUUUUGUUUCGACUUCAUCCAACAAACAAGAGAUUAGAUGAUUCUUUAAUUUCUCCUUUUUACUUUGAUCACAGAAUCCCGUUUACCUUCUGUCUGAGAUAUUACUAAGAAUACGCUCCAUUUUCAGAAUUCGGCAUAAUAAUUUCUGAAUUCAAUUUAAAAUUUUCACUUUUUUUGUCGACUUACUUGCAGAAUUAAGAGUGGAGGGUGCGCUGCCCUCGCAGUACUCUUAAUAAUGGAGCUAAUGCGGCUCUCUCCUCUUCACAUAAUGUAGUAGUCUGUGAAGUCAGUGAAAGGAAAAUCUGAAUGAGAUGUGAGGUAGACAUGAUUUACUUUUUCACAUCAACAUCAUGUUGAUGUUUAUGGCAGAAAUUGCCAUUACAAGGGCGGAGCUAAAAAUGUGGGUACCUUUUUUGAAGUGGCCACUUGUCGGGACCAUCUGUGUAAGGUCGAGACUUACUUUGUCAGGAACAGCAGGACGUUUUUGAGACCUGCAGCUUUUUCAGCACUAUGGGCAUUUGUAAGUUCAUUUGUGCGGUCAUCACCAGAGCUCUGUUCAUUCUGGUUUCUCUGGUCGGGGUCUUUAGGGUGACAUCUGUGAAAAAUGACUGCAACUACUGGUUCCUGACUUUCCUCUUUUUGCCGCUGGUCACUGAAAUGAUAAUAACUCUGAAGAGGCGAAAGGGAAAAGAUUACAAAUGGUUCUCUCCUCCUAUCUUUCUGUUUCUCAUCAGUAUCAUUCCUUUAAUCUGGAUCCUUGAGCUCCACCAUCAAGAGAACAAAUCUAGCGGCCCUGAGUGUCAUAAGCUUGAUUCUCGGGAGAGUUUGAAGAAAAUUGUGACCUCGAAUGAGACUUCAAGAAACAGCAUUUUCAAGUUUGCUGCCAAACUGAAGAACCUUAAGGCGGUGUUGGCAAGUGUGUGUUCCAAUGACUGGAUCCUGGCUCUUCAUCAGAUCUUACUUAUCCUCCUCAUCGUAGGGAAGUGGCUUCUUCCUCUUGGAGGCGGGGUCACAAAAGAUGAGCUGCUGGAACUUCUUUUGGUUUUUGUCGGCACAGCUGCAGACAUCCUCGAACUUACCAAUGAAAUACUGUCAGAUGUCAAGUGGGUAACAAACAAGGAAGAAAUUAUGCAUAGUUCAAUGUUAAAUGUCCCAUUUCAUUUAAAUAGAUUUGAGUUUUUUACCACUUCCUGCGACAGACUGUCCAGGUUGUACCCGCCUUUGACCAACAGUGGCCAGGAUGGGCUCUGGCAACCCUAUCACCCCAAAAGGGAUACAGCAGGUUAUGAAAAUGGAUGGAUGGAUGUUCAGGAGUAGAGCUGUUGUAUUGAUCUAUCAUAUUGGAUCUGUGUUUUACCACUGAUCAAGUCACUGAAGACGUUACGUCCCCAAAGUUCAAGUAUUUGCACUCUGGCAGCGCUGCUCAAAUUGUGCUGCUGCCAGACCGCUGGGCUCCACCUGACGCUCAAAUCGCACUGUAGGACCUCAGAUCACGUCUGUACCAUUGACUUGACGUUUAAACUGGCCGCCCUUGACACGCGUGUCAACGCAGCUUAAGACCCCUAAGGGCAAAACAAGAAGAACAGAUUUAUUUGUGUCUGUGAUCAAAACCACAGCGGCUUGUACUUCUGAAUAAGAAAACUUUCUGUAUUAUUUUCCUGCUUCCUGGCAUGAUUUAUAUUUUCCAGAAAGACUUUUUCCUUAUUUUAUUUCUAGUCUUCAAAUCAUAAAUUCAUAGUAAACUUGAAAUGUAUGUCAGAAAAAAAAGGUUUAUUAAAUAGUUAAUUUGCAUUUAAUGUUACUACAAGCGUUCAAAAAAUGCAUGCCGACUGUUUGGCCCCUUACACAUUUACACCUAACCAAAUCUGUCCCUCAAAAAGUUUGAACACCCCUGACUUAAAGUGAGAAUUAGUGCAUCCUUAAGAAGUCUGCAUUAAAAUAUUUGCCAGUGCAACAUGUUUUUCAAAUAAUUCAUUUAUGAAAAAAACUAAGAAUCUUUUUUUUUUUAUGUGUUUGCAGAGACAAGAGUCCUGUGAUGGUUUACAUCAUUCUUGGUGUGUGAGCCUGGAGCAUGCUGCAGUUCCCCCUACAUUUACCGGUGGUGAACUCAAAGCCAGAAAGGGAUGGGGAUUUGAGCACCAAGAAGAAGCUGAGGAGAAACAGCACAGACAUUUGGAACAUCAUGGAGGCCUUGUUUUUCCAGGAUGGCCCUUUUCUGGUGGUUAGGCUCACCGUCAUGAUCCUCUUUGAAACCAUCCACCAGAUGCUUGUUUUCUUUGCCAUUAAGAAUUCUUUGGUUGUUAUAUUGAACCUGUACAGGUUGUUUGUCAUAUGCCAUGACUACAGAGCCUUGCGGCGUAGGCCGGGGGACAGCGUUGAUGCCCCAUAAGUUGGAUGAGGUACUAGGUUUUCCCAGAGACCCCAAGUAAAGCAAAAACGAAAUGGGGUUUUAAACAAAUCAUUUUUCAGCAGAAGAGAAACAAGAAUGGUGUCCUUCUGAUAUUCUAAAGCAGUGUUUUCAACCUUUUUUGAGCCACUGCACACUUUAACCUUGACAAAAAUCCUGCGGCACACCAG